AUGGAAGCCAUGUAUUCAGAUGCCCCCAAGCUUAUUCCUGCAACUGAAUCAUCCCUCAAGGGUUUGGAGAAAGUGAGACUUGAUAGUUUGGAAGAUGCUGUUAAACAGAUGCCGUGUAGUAUUUGCAUGGGGGGCCUUGAUCACUAUGAUGCUGCAGAAGAAGGGGCUGAUCAUCCUCAUAUGAUUGCUCGCUUGCCCUGCGCACAUACAUUUCAUGCAGAUUGCAUUGUCCAGUGGCUCAAGACGAAUUACAGGUGUCCCUUGUGCCGAUCCCCAAUUGUGGAAGCGGGCGAGCCAUCAAAGCCCCCAUUGAGGCUGCAUUGGUCUAUAUAUGCUCAUGAUGUCUGUGGUUGGUGUGCUGACUGCUACCGUCAUUUCCAGAUUAUUGAACCGAAGCAAAUGAUGAAAAUAUAA